GAUAUGGAUAAAAGCGAAGAGUACUUAUAUAGCACAUAAAAGAUAUUGUGCAGAUGUUUACGUGGAGUACCUAUAUUUCACAUUAAGUCAUUUAAUGUAGAAGUUGAGCACGAUGAAGAGAGUGGUGGAAAUCUGUCUUCUUUGGAUAUUUCUGAACGUCGUAAGCGGCAGAGAAAGGCGUUCCAUUACUGACAAUAGUUUAGAGAAAGUGCUUUCUGAAACAAACAACAGAAAUGGUCAUCUACUCACAAAGCUCCUAAGUUCACAAUACCAGAAAAGGCUCACGGAGGAUUUGGAUCGGUAUCUCGCUGAGAAAAAACGCCAAAUUAAUCAAGAGGAUGUUGAACUCGCAGACGAAAGAAAGACUCAGGAGACGCUUGAAGAAGUGCUUGAAGCGCGUGCGGUACUGGAACGGAAGUUGAAUUCGGCAUUAUCAGACUGGUUGAGUACGAAAAUUAGGAGACUGGACGAGAAAGAAAAAGACCGAAGAGGGUGGGGCAACGGUGAACUGCCUCACGUCAAUUGAUAAUAUUAUGGAUUUUAUUUUCCGCUCUGUUUGACUUUUUUGGGACAAAGAAUCUUUAUGCGACGAUCUGGGAAUUUAAGUAAUUUGAUGAUCUGGAAUGAAAAUAAUCAUUCAAAAACCUGUUACUGGUCAAAUAUUUAGUGAGGACAAAUUUCAAAUUUAAAAACUUAAAAUAUUCUUCUAUAACUUUUUAGCCUCUACGAGCAAUGAAAAUGAAAAUUAGAUGUACAAAUUGAUGACUUGUAAAAUAUACAUACUUCACGCAUGACAUGCGUUCAAUGGUUCUUAAGUUUCACAUCAACAACUACACCUUUUCAUUCAUCUUCUACUAUGGUAUGCUACGACUGUUUUGUUUACGGAAGUAAACCUAUUUUCAUCCUUUCAUUUCUAUUUAAAGUUUUAAAGUAAGCGUGUGAACCCGUUUUUAGAAAACAGCAGUAGAAAGAAACACACUUGCGGUUGAUGUAAGCGCCGCCCACAUCGUAGUAUAGUUGCAAAACGUACAAUAGUAAAAUAUUUAAGUUAGCUAGACAAUAAAUAAAUACAGAUAUGAAAGAAAAAAAUGCCAGCAUAAAACAACAGAGUAAAGGGGAAAGUUUCCCACGCAUUAAGCAUGAAGAAAUUAUGAAUGUUUCAAGAGGGUGUGCGCCAGGAAAAUCGGCACAUAGAUACCACUGAAGCUCUGGACAGUGUUUUUUUUUUUUUUUAGAAAUAACAUCAUUGCGAACAUGGUAUUUUGGUUACAAUUAAGAGCUAAAGCCGGAAAAACUUGGUCACCAGCUUUUAACAAAAUCGAAAAAAUAUGUCCAAGUAAAUGCACAUGAAAUACUUUAUUUUAACUAUAUUCUGAUUCGUCUGGUAUUUUCCUUGUCAUUCGUCUUUACAAUAUAAAGGAAUGUGAUUACCUGUUUAUCAUUAUAAUUGUUUUUGCCCAUCUAUGCUAUGCUGAAUUUCUGUAAUUUUGUUUGAUCAUGUUGUGAUACCAUCAUAGUUGGAUAUGAAUCAUAUAAAGUCUGUCUAUGUGUCUGUCUGUAUAUCAUAUCAUAUCAAAUCAAAUCAAAUAAAAGGCUCUAAAAUAGUGAAAA